AUGGUUUUAUCAACUAGUGAAACAAUUCAAUUAAUUUAUCUUAUUCCAUCACUUCUUUUAAUGAUAUUUGUUGCUUUUUUGUUAUUAUAUAAAAUUUUAACAAAAUCACAAGCAUUUAAAAAUGAAUUUUAUCCUAUGGUUUGUUAUAGAACAUUCAAUGAUAUAUUGUAUCAUUUCACUAUUUUAAUUUUACUUAAACUUCCAGCAUGGAAAAUUGCACUUAAUUUUUAUAUAAAUAGUACCUGCUUAGCUCCUCUUUGUUGCAUUUUUGGAGCUGUAACAUGUUGUGUUCCAUUUUUACAUACAUUUAUUUUGGCAUCAAUGAGAUAUAUGGCAAUAUAUUAUCCAAUAAAAUAUUCAAGAAUCUCUUCACAAUCAACAUCAAUCAUAAUUUGUGGAGUAAUCUUUACUAUUAGUUAUGGUAUUGGAUUAGCAUCAUUAGCAUUUCCAUCAAAGUAUGUUUAUAAUGAAGUUACUGGAAUUACUUCUCCAGUAUAUAUAGUUAAAUCUGUUGCAUAUUUUCAAUUUUGCUAUGGAAUAAUUUUUUAUGGAUUAACAGUUAUUGGAUCACUUAUACUCAAUAUAGCAAAUUUUGUUGGUCUUAGAAAAAAUAAUAAAAAGAAUAAAAAUAAAAAAUCAGAAUAUACCUUUGCUUUUUAUGGUCUAUUUACACUUUUUACAACAUGUCUUAUGGAAGGAUAUCUUGUUGGUAGAAUUGGUGGAAAUUUUUUGGAAAAUGAAACAAUGAUGGCUAUUUCUAAUUAUGCUUUAACAUGGAUUGGAGAUAUUGGAACAUUAGGUGAUUUUUACUUUUUUUUAUUUAUUAAUUCUGAAAUAAAAUUGGCAAUUAAAGAAAUCUUUUUUAAAAUAAUUAAUAAACAAGUUACUUCUUUAGUAAUUAGAUCAACAGAGGUAAAAAGUUUACAAGAAACAAAGAAUAGUCGAAUUAAAACUAUUCCAAAUAAAUGA